AUGUCUCGAAACCGUUUUCGUGUAAAAUUAGAGAGUCGAGAUGAACCAGGGCCAAGUGCCAAAGACCCUUCAAACAAUGCUGGCGCCCCUCCUCCCACGCUCGAGUCUCACAUUCGAAUAUUUUCCAACCAAGAUCAGGGCGAUUGGAUCCUCCGAAAGCGAAAAGUGCGAGCUCCACGUCGCCGUCGUUCUCCUGGCACGCCGGCUGUUGCGAAGCAAGGAAACUCGCCGGAGGAUGGACAAUCAAGUUCGAUGUCUCCAGGCCGGGAGCGCGUCAAAGAGGCGGAAUCCACGACGAAGAAAGGUCGCAAGGGUCGUCCGAGAGACUCUGCAAAACCCGCAGCCGAUCCAACCAAAACCAUUCCUCCCAGCGUUCCGGCGCAGGAGCGUCAAUCAUCGUCCUCCUCCGCAGAUUCCAUUCUAGACAAUCUUGACUCGCACCCUCAUCCACUCACCGCUGAAGAGCAGAACUUCGUGAUCAAAUGGCUUCAAUUCCAGGCACAGGCCUCCUGGAGCAAUACAGCUGGCGCUUUCUGUCCGUGUCGGGACAUUGCAUGGAGGGGAAUCCAGAUGUAUCCCGCAGGCGGCCUGCCGUGGACUCUGAUAUUCUGCGACAUGUUCUUGGCUUGGUCUCGACGUCAGCCAUUGCCAGACCGGUUGCAUCGACGGAAAGCCUUAGCAUACAAGUAUAUUGCCAAACUGUUGGCAGACCCCAAAACACAGGCCUCGGACGAGGCCCUGCUCUGUGUCUGCCUAGCCAUGUCGGCCGACGCUCGCUCAUUGAGUCCUGAGGUCAAUAGGAUCCAUCUGAAAGGCCUGGCCCAGAUGAUUGGGAAACGAGGAGUUGGGUCACUGUUCUCUACCGUGUGCUUCAUGUUCCACCCCAUGUUUUCCUUGGCAUAUUUUUCCAUGGCCGAGCUUGAAGCCUCCAACAUGGUGGACGUCCAAAGUGCUACCGAGAGGUUCCUCGAGACACUACACUCGAUGCAACAAGAUGGCCGCAGGUCACAGUCAGAAGAUCUCCGGUGUCAAAGGACGGAUAGCCGGUCCAGUAUGGUGGUGUCAAGCAGUCUCUGGUCGGUUGCCAUGGGAAAGUCGACAAUACAUCACGUUGUCAAGGGCAUCCUGGCGAAUCCCCAAAGACGAUCCCUGCCUAUCCAGCAGGACCUUGCUUUGUUCCUCAAUCUGUAUCUGCUGAACCUCAUUUUGUGGGAUCUCUUGGAAUGGCCCGACACGGCUGCCACAUUUCUGCAGAAGCUCUCGCUUCAUGCAGACAAUGCCCGAGUGAGAGUUGAGAUCACCGUUUGGCUUCUGGCAAAGUCAUGGGUCGACGCAGACGAAACCUCCAACCGGACUGGGGGUGGAGCGAAGAAGGAGGUGUUCUUGACCGAAGCUGUCAUUGAUGCUCUGAAGACAUUCAGUCGGAUCACGGACGAGUCGAAGGAUAAAUUGGCCAUUGUACUGUCGUCGUGGUUGUUUGGUUGUGGCGACGAAGAAAGGGAAGGGGGAGGGCCUGAGAGCACGGCUGCGGCGCCUGAAGAGUCGUCUUGCUCCCCCGGGGCCAACAGUGCGGCCUCCCAUAUCGCUGCUACUACAGAUGGAACGACAAAGCCAGCCGCGCCGGUGUCGGCGCCGACGAUUGCUGCUGAUGUGAGACCUGCCGAGAAUGAUAUAGAUCCCAAAGUUGUCUCGCCGCGGCGGCAGCAGGUGCGCGGCACCGCGGUCGAUUCCAAGUUAUGCCAGUGCCUCAGCAGUCAAGACUUUAAGGUCAUGAUGGAAGAGGCGUGCAGUGACUGGUACGAAAAGAACGUCAGCAAACGACCGAUGCCACCCGUGCCAAUGAUAUCUCUACAGAAGCAGCAGCAGGAGCAGCAGCAGCGGCGGCGGCGGGAGAAGAGGAAGUAA